AUGGCAACAAGCAAUGGUCUGACGGGGCUGGGCGUAAGUCUCGGUGCCUACACCGUCAAUGGCGAGGACAGCCGAUGGUUGGAGCUGGAGAUCCUCGCACGAGAGCUUCGGAAGCUCGAGGAGGUGUAUGCCAAUUUCCGGGAGGUAUGUUCGGAACUGUCAGAGGACCCCGAGGUCAGCAAGGCGAUGCUCGGGUAUCUGGGCCAGAACUUGGGAUCCACAAUGCAGGUGGUCACCCAUCGGAAGGGCGACAUUGGAUUCUCGUGA